AUGUCUGUAAGUGAGCUAGCUUGCAGUUACGCAUCUCUCAUCCUCCACGAUGAAGACAUCGCCAUCACUUCGGAUAAGAUUGCUGCACUCUUGAAGUCAGCUAAUUUGACUGUGGAGUCUUACUGGCCAAGUCUUUUUGCGAAGCUUGCUGAGAAGAGAAAUGUUGGUGAUCUUAUCAGGAAUAUUGGUGCUGGUGGUGGUGCUGCUCCUGCUAUUGUUGCUUCUGCUCCUGCCGCUGGUGGUGGUGGUGGCGCUGCCGCCGCCGCUCCUGCUGUUGAGGAGAAGAAGUCUAGGAUGUUAUCCAAGUUCGAUGUGCACGGUAUUGAAGAUUAUCCAAUUUUUGAAAAGCUAUACACCUUUGAAAAGCUUUAUUUGAGGUUUGCAUUGACAGGAAGCAUGUAA